GGAAGGGAGGGGUCAUCACAGAGUCCAUUGAGUCAGUUGAGGCAGAGCACUGAGGUCGUGUGUUUUUCAUUCGAGCAUUAAAGUCUUGGGCUCGUUCCUCGGCUGUUCGGCUACCGGAGCAGCCAUUAGAAGUACACAAGAGUAUGUGGACAGGGGUGAUUUAAGUUUGAAUUCAAUACAAAAUUCAGUUUAGCCCUUUUUGCCUAACCUUCCUCUUGUGUUAGGGUCGGCACCGACCCAUUUUAGGUUUUAAAUGCAUAAAAGAACCACAUAAAUUAGUUUAUUGCAUCAAGGCUUUUUGACUUUGUCAGGAACCUCUAUUUCAACAAAAUAAAACAAAAACAUUUUUGGUAACAAAGAGAUGGUAACAGAAAGCUAACACAAGAGGAAGGUUUUAAUAAUGUGAAGAAUUAGAAUUCUUCAAGCCACAAACUAAACAUUUAUUUAGUUUCCAUGUAUUUUUUUAUUCCAAAAUAUAUAUUUUUUUAAAUUCUCAAAUGUAUUCACUCUUGAACCUUCGUUGGUUUCUUUCUCACGUGACAGUCGUAACUUUCCAUCAUCCGCCGGUCAAAACUGAAACCAAACGAACAGCGGCGAAGUUUCCACCUUCAGAGAAAACGGCUUUUGUUUCGCCACGUGCGACCCUGUGACACGCGACCAGAUAGAGCAGCAUGAGCAGGAAGGUGAUUCAUCAGAAGGAGGAGAAGAAAAACAAAACAAGAUAUUUUGAGUUUCUGUUCCACUUAAAUGAAAGUCGAGUUCAGUGUCUGCUGGUUUAGAAAUGAUGUGGCAAUGAUUCACCUGUUAACUCCUCCCUGCUGAUGAAUGAAGAUAACCGAGUAUAUAUUAAGUAACCAGAUGACAUCUACUGUAGCUACAAAUCAGCUGACACCACUGUGUACUGUCCAAGAUGUCUGAUAACAGAACCAUCGUUUUCUUUGACCUGGAGACCACUGGAUUAGACACUACAGUGUGUCACAUCAUCCAGUUGUCGGCGGUCAGUGGAGACCGGGUCUUCAACGUUUACACCCUCCCGGACCGCGAGCUCACUGAGAGCGCCAAGCGGGUGACGGGCUUCACCGUCAGCGAUGGCGAGCUGUUGCUCAAAGGGACUCCCGUGAACACCGUCCCUCUUGCUGACGCGCUCACCUCCUUCAUCGACUUCCUUCGCUCCUUCCGCAGCCCCGUGCUGCUGGCGGCCCACAACGCAAUGCGGUUCGACGCCCCCGUGCUCUGCAGGGUGCUGCGAGAGCUCAGUUUGCUGCAGGAGUUUAAGCAGGUGGCGGCCGUGUUUUUGGACACCUUGCCGCUGAGCAAGAACCUGUUUCGUCUGCACAGUUAUUCUCAAGAGAAUAUGGUCCGCCACUUCCUGAAGAAGACCUACGACGCCCACAACGCAGUGGAGGACGCCACGAUGCUGCAGGAGCUGUUCAACAAAUGGCAUCCCAGCACACGGGACAUCUCCACAGUUACCUUCUCGAUCUAGUUUAAAAAAAAAAAAAGCUACAGAAAACAAACAAAAUCUUGCCAUGAAAACAAUAAAUUCAUUUAAAAUGGAACCUUUCCUUUGCAGUUGUUCUCAUCAUAUACCCUCGGGUGGUUGGACAGACUGGUAUUUUAAACGCUUAGAAGAAAAUUACGGGUAGAAUUAACUUUUUGCGAUUUGGAGACAAAUAAAUGCAUGUUACACCCCAAACGUAAAGAUAUGUAAUGUUUGUACUGUAUGCUGAUUUGUCUUAUUGUGUUGUAUGUAUUGUAGCAUGUGUCAUACUCACAAGUGUUGUACUCUUAUGUAUGUCCAGUAAUAUUAAAUAAAUCCAGUAACAUUAAA